UAUAUAAAUAUUUUUCGCCAGAAUUGGCUCUGCUUUCUUCUGCUGCUUUAUUCAUUUAAACUGACAACCUAACAGUAUUAAAUGUCAUAAAUAAUGAAUAAACUUAUUGGAAAUGGAAUUGAAGACGAUAUCAACAAGUUUAAUAAACCAGACAUUACGAAAUGUUUUUUUAACGAAAAUAAGCUAAAGGAACAGCUACAAGCUUUGCAAGGUUAUAUAACUGAUCUAAGUGAAGAGAAUGAUCUUUUGGUUGAAACUAUUGAAGAACUUGAAAAUGAGUCAAACUUACAGAUAUUUGAUUUCGAUAGUAAAUUUUGUGAACUUAGUGCAAUUAUUGAAAAACUUGAAAAAGAAAAUGUGGAACUAAAUUUACACAAUGACAAGCUGCAAUCAGAUGUUAACAUAUUUAUUAGUUUAUUUAAAAAUAAAUCUAUUCAGCCUUCUUAUCUGGAGUUCAAAUCUUUUCCAAUUAGUCAACUUUGUGAUGAAGGCUUUGAGUGUGAAAUUCAAACUUCUAAAGACAGUAUGACAACCUUGGAGGUCUAUCAAUCAAAAGAAGAUUUGGAAAAUGAAAAGAACAAAAAUGAUUUAAUGAUCCAUGAAAAAGAUUUGCUAAUAAAAAAACUUCAAGAUGAGAUUAGUGAAUGUGACAAGGAAAAGCAAGCUUUAUCUGAAAAGAUCUUUAAACAAGACCAGCUUUUAUUUGAUUUACAGAGUAAAAGUUCUUCAGUACAGAAAUCAGAAGAGCAGAUAUCCAUGUUAGAAAAGAAUAUCAAUGAGCUAAAGUUACAACAUGAUGAUGAGCAAAAAACUAUGGCUAAUGAAAAAUUAGCGUUACAGAAAAGUAUUAGUGAGUUAAAACUGCAGCUUGAGGAUGAGCGAAAAAUAAUGACUGCUGAGGUAGCAAAUCAGUAUGAUGUAGCAUCUAAAUUACGGGAUGAACUUUUAGAAUGUAAAAUUAAGUUUGAAGAUACUGUAAAGCAGGUUCGAUUUCAAGGAGAAAUUAUUGUUAAUUUACGAAAGGACAUGAAAGUGUGCGAGCAACAAAAUAUGGAGUACAGAAAUAAACUUCUUACUCUAGAAGCAACCCUAGAAGAAAAUUCUCUUGAGACCACAAUUUCUCAAGUUCCUCAGGAAAAUUAUAAUGGAGAUGAUGGAGUAAAUGAUAAUGGAGGUGAGAUAAAAAAAUCAAAUGAAGUUGAAGACGAACAGAAAUUAUCUGAUGAAAUUGAUGUAGAUGAUCAGAAACAGUCAUCUACUGAAAAUGUGGAGAGUUUAUUAAAGCAUCAAGUGGAACACAUUGACCAGUUAGAAAAAUAUAUUACAGAGUUAGAAGAAAAGCUGCAUGCCAGUGAGAAAAUUCAAGCUGAUUAUGAAAACACCAUUACAGGCUUAAAAGUUGUUAAUCAAAAUGCACAAAAUCAGAUAGAAGAAUAUAAAGUAUAUCUUCAAGAAAUGAAUGAAAAGUUAGAUUCUAGUGAAAAGUUAAGAGAACAAGAAAUUCAUAAAAAUUCUUUAAAUGAAGAAAAGAUGGUUUGUCUUUAUGAUGAAACUACUCAGUUGCGAAGAGACUUGGAAUAUAUAAAUGCGGAGGUAAAGGCGAAAAAUAUUCUUAUUGAUCAAGCAACAACAGAGGGACUUACCUACAAACAGAAAUAUGCAGAAAAAGAUGUAGAGUUACAAAAUCAAUUAGUGGUAAUCAAACAGUUAGAAGUGAAUUAUGAAAAAAUUAGCAAUGAGUUAUUAGAAUUAAGAACAAAUGCAUGCGAUGAGAUUUUAUUCAAAGAACAAAAAAUUUUAUGUUUGACAGAAGAAUUAGAAAUGGCCAACUUACGGUAUUCUAAUAUCAGUGAAGAGUUAACCAGUCUCGAGACAGAACUUGAAAACAAAUCCAAAUCAGUGGAUUUUUCAGAUGACUUAAAUUUAAUGAAAACUCAAUUAGAGGUAGCCCAAGAAGAUAUCCAUCAACUUGAAAUGGGUUUAACUUUAAUUACAGAGAAACAUGAAGCUUUAUUGAAAGAGAAUGUGGUCAAGGAUUCUUCUGUCAUAAAUCUUCAAACAGAACUGGAUGUUACCCAACAAGAAUUCGAGCAUGUGAUUGAUGACAUUGAUAACAAAACUAUAGAAAUAGAAAGGCUAACCAUUGUGAUUGGCCAUCUACAGAAAAAUUGUCAAACUCUAGAAGCUGAGAAAGAUAAUCUUGAAAAGCAGGUUGUAACACAAGAAUUGUUUAUUGACAAACUGCAAACUAAAAUUCAACUGUUGGAAGAAAACAACAUGAACUCUAGCGAACAAUUGGAGAAGCUAAAAAUUGAAUUAGAAAAGUCCUUUCACGAUAUUUCAACUUUAAAUCAAAAGCUAGCAAAGCAGUCUGAUUAUCUUAUAUCGCUUGAAAAUUUACUUGCUCAUCUCAAAAAAGAUGCAGGUGAGACUAAGAUGCAAAAUAAUCUUCUUGAAGAUACUUUACGAGAGAUAAAAGACUCAUUAGACCAAAAUGUAGAUGGUUGUAAUCAUUAUAAAACUUUGUAUACUAAACUUCAUUCUGAAUACAAGUUGUUAGAAGAACUUCAAAAAAAAACACAAAACGCAUGCAGUCUUUUGCAGAAAAAAAACACUGAGUUACUUGAGGAAAUAGAUUUUUUCAAGACAGAAACAAGCGAGGCAACAGAGCAAGUUGUCCAUUUACAGAAUUGUUUUCAUGACUUAGUUAGCCAAUGUAAUAAAAAAAGUUUAAAGCUAAACUCUCCCACCAGUUCUCCUUCAGAUUCAUUGCUUCAAAAAAAAAUUAGAAACACCAUUGAUCAGUUUGAACUUUUAGAAAACAUUUUCCAGGAUUAUAUGACUGAGAAUAAAAAUCUUUCAGAAAAAGUGAAGGAUUACUCCAACAGUUUAGCUGUAAAAGAAAUGCAUCUUUCUCAAAAGAUUAAUGAGUUGGCAUUGAAACUUGAGGAGCUCUAUAGAUCAGAGCAUGCUCUCAAAGAAAGUGACGACAAAUACAAUGCUAUUUUGGACAAGUACAAUGUUAUUUUAGAUGAAAAAAAUGCAUUGUUAUUAAAGGUUUCUGCAAUGGAGAAAGCUUUAAAGAAUGUGCAAUUAGAUUUAAGAUACUCUCUUGAUGAAGAAAAAAACAAAGAAAUCCAGUUUGAGAAAUUACAUGAGAAAAUCAAAGAAAAAGAUAAAGAAACAACAUUGUACAAAAAUAAAAUUGAAGAUCUAUCUAAUGAGAACCAAUCUUAUCAAGAUAUCUUAAUGAGGUAUGAAAGACAAUUAAAUGAUGCACAAAAUCAAAAUGCUCAACUCUCAAUACAAUUGGAACAAAAGUGUCGUCUUAUAUUAGCUGCACAAGAAUCUAUUGUCAAACUUCAAAAACGAGCAGAGUGCAGUAAAAAAGAGAUUUCAAAUUCCGAGCAGCGCUCAACUGAACUGGAAUUAAGUAAAUUAUCUGACCUCCAUAAAGAUUUAAUAGAUAAAUAUAAAGAAGAAAAAUCAUCAAACAAUCAGCUCCACGAAGAAUUAAAUAGUUCUCUCAUUCAACAUCAAGCAUUGUUAGAAGAGGUUGCUUCCAAAGAUGCAGAACUACGUGUUUUAAAAACAGAAUGGCAAGCUACAAAAAAUAAGUGUCAUCGAUAUGAAAAUGAGUUAAAAUUAUCAAAAGAUCUAGAGGAAAAUCUAAUGAAGGAGAAACAAGAGCUACUAAACUCUUAUUCUAAAGUUCAGCAAAGUCUUGUAAUGCAAGGAAACAAAAGAAAAAAACUAGAAAAUUAUUUAAAGAAAACACUGGAUAAAUUAAGUGCAUCUGAAAAUGAGGUAUGCCGAUUAUCAAUUUGCACAGCUGAUUUAAAAAAAGAAAUGCAGCUAGCUGCUGAGCAACAGAGACAGUACAACCUGACUAUUUCAGAAUUAGAAGAAAAAAUUGUUUCACUAAAAUGUAAAGUUAAAGAUGUUGAAGAAAACCUGAUUAUAAAGGAAGAGGAGAUUGAAAUGGCAAAAAAUGCUAAUUCAAAGCUGAAUCAUGAAAAAAGCCAACUUCAUGCAGAGCUACAUGAAAUACAAAAAGAGCUUGAAGGCGUUCAACAUAAUAGAAACUCUUAUCCCAAAGAAUAUCAUGAUAAUCUUUUACAAGCUAAUUCUGAAAGAUCUGAAAAAGAAGUUUUGUUUAGAUCUUACAUUAAUGAACAAGAAGAAACCAUAUCACAACUAAGAACAGAAGUUCGAGAACUAAAAACAGCUCUUAUUAAUGAGAGGAAUAUACGCUCUCAUACGAUCGACGAUCUACAGAAGCGUAUUAAAAUGUAUUUAGAGACAAUACAACAGCUUCACAAACAACUUAGUGAUUUGAGUGCAGAAAAUUUUCGACAAAAAGAACUACUUGAUUGGCAAGCAUACAGUAGAAAGAACUUGCAUGACCAACUGAAAACACAAGAAAAAGAUCUGAGCAGUCUACGAGAAAAUUUGAAUCGAAGUUUUGAAGAAAUCAUGGUAUCGCCAAAUCAAAAACCGUAGUGUUCGUUUUAUAAAUGAUUUUUGCUACUAUUUUGCUGUUAUAAAUAUGCUGUCGUGAUGAUUCCACAAUUCCGUCAUGAUAAAUCUAUGACUACGAAAAACGAAAUAUUUUUGACGAAUUUUAUAAGUGCUAGUAAAGAAUGAUAUUUUGGUAAAGAGUUCCGUAAAAAAAAUUACGCAUUAGGUUUUAAAUGACAAGCUAUGCUGUUUUCAGUACUAAAUUAAAUAAAUUUCUUGUGAGAAAACUUACAUAAACUCUGUAAAUAAUUGUAAAUUUUAUGAUAUUUAACGUUUGUUCUUUUGUGUAGUGUUUUGUUUUUCGGAUAAUAAUUUUUUACAGUUUAUCUUCUCAA